UCUCUUUUUCUCAAAGGCUAUAGUUCAAUAUCCCAUUCCGAGGCACAUAUCGCAUUUUAAAUUCGGACUCGCGGCUCCUCGACUUCAAGGCACUGCAACAAUUAUAAGCCCCCAACCCUGAAGUGCACACAGGGACUGGGACAGGUCCACACAGACGUGUGUGUGUGUGUAGCUCACCUCAGGUGACAUCAACGAAGAGUAAGAGGAAGUGACAUCAUCCAGUAGUCUUCAGCAGCAGAGCUACGCAGAGCCACACAAAGCAGCCAAUGGGAGCAGGGAAGCUGGCCCGGGUGCUGUUGGGAUGGGCGGCCGUGUGCUUGGCCUUGGUCCACACUGCGUACGGCCAGGCGGGAGACGGAGGGUACCAAGCCAGCCGCUUCACAGGAAAGGUGGACGAGAGGGAGGUGCAGAGGGUUCGCAGGAGAGGACAGGAGACACUCAGAGGGCCCAAUGUGUGUGGCUCUCGCUUCCACUCCUACUGUUGCCCUGGCUGGAAGACUCUGCCUGCAGGGAACCAGUGUAUCGUCCCAAUCUGCCGUAACUCGUGUGGUGAUGGCUUCUGCUCCAGACCCAACAUGUGCACUUGCGGCAGCGGACAGCUCUCCCCCAGCUGUGGGGCCGGUGCCGGAGUGCAGAGCUGUAACGUCAGGUGUAUGAACGGAGGCAGUUGCCAGGAAGACUCCUGCUCCUGUCAGAAGGGUUACACCGGCAAUCACUGUGGACAGCCUGUGUGUGAGAAUGGUUGCCAGAACGGAGGGCGCUGUAUUGGGCCCAACAGAUGUGCCUGUGUCUACGGCUUCACUGGCCCGCAGUGCGAGAGAGACUACAGGACCGGGCCCUGCUUUACGCAGGUCAACAACCAGAUGUGCCAGGGCCAGCUGAGUGGCAUUGUGUGCACCAAGACCCUGUGCUGUGCCACCAUUGGACGGGCAUGGGGACACCCCUGUGAGAUGUGCCCUGCACAGCCUCACCCCUGUCGCCGAGGCUUCAUCCCCAACAUCCGCAGUGGAGCGUGCCAGGAUGUGGAUGAGUGUCAGGCCAUCCCUGGGCUGUGUGCAGGAGGUAACUGUAUCAACACAGUUGGCUCCUAUGAGUGUAAAUGUCCCGCGGGCCAUCGCCAGAGUGACACCAGCCACAAGUGCGAAGAUAUUGACGAGUGCAGCACUAUCCCAGGAGUGUGUGACGGAGGUGAAUGCACCAACACAGCCGGUAGCUACGUCUGCACCUGUCCCCGUGGUUACAUCACAAGCACUGACGGUGCCAGAUGUGUAGACCAGCGUGUGGGCACGUGUUUCUCGGCGUUGGCGAACGGGCGCUGUGCGGGUGACCUGCAGGGCCAGUAUACCAAGAUGCAGUGCUGCUGUGACACGGGCCGCUGCUGGGCUUCUGGACAGAUCCCUGAGAUGUGUCCUGUCAGGGGAUCCGAUGAGUACAGAAGGCUGUGCAUUGAGGGGGUGCCCCAUGGAACAGGUAACGGAGGUUUCCCCCACGGAGUCUUCCCCAACGGCGGCGGCAACGGUCACGGUUACAGCUACGGCUACAAACUCAACCCCAACGGGCCUAACGGAAACGGUCACCAUGGCAACGGAGGAGGAAUCGGAGGAGGAGGAAUCGGAGGAGGGGGACAGGGAGGAGGAGGCCAUGGUUUUGGAGGAAACGGCGGCGGGCGUAAUAUCGUCCCUGUGUCAGUCAAUGAGACCGUUGACGUGUGUAAACAUUUCACCAACCUGUGUUUGAACGGCCGCUGUAUCCCCACCCCGACCAGCUACCGCUGUGAAUGUAACAUGGGCUACAGGCAGGACGUACGCGGGGAGUGUAUUGAUGUGGAUGAGUGCGUUAGCAACCCUUGUGUCAACGGAGACUGUGUCAACACACCUGGAUCGUACCACUGCAAGUGUCACGAAGGCUACCAGGGCACCCCCACCAAACAAGCCUGCAUUGAUAUUGACGAGUGCAUCGUGAACGGAGUGAUGUGUCGUAACGGACGUUGUGUCAACACUGACGGAAGCUUCCAGUGCAUUUGCAACGCUGGCUUUGAGCUCACACCUGAUGGGAAGAACUGCAUAGAUCAUGAUGAGUGUGCCACCACCAACAUGUGUCUCAAUGGAAUGUGUAUCAACGAGGACGGUAGCUUCAAGUGUAUCUGCAAACCUGGCUUUGCCCUGGCACCUAACGGACGUUACUGCACAGACAUUGAUGAGUGCCAGACCCCAGGCAUCUGUAUGAACGGACGCUGUAUCAACUCUGAGGGCUCCUUCCGCUGUGAGUGCCCACCAGGCCUGGCCAUCGACGUGGACGGGAGAGUGUGUGUCGACACACACAUGCGUACCACCUGCUACGGCGCCAUCAAGAUGGGCACGUGCUCGCGUCCCUUCCCUGGCGCCGUCACUAAGUCUGAGUGCUGCUGUGCCAGUCCUGAACACGGCUUCGGAGAGCCCUGCCAACCCUGCCCUGCCCGCAACUCAGCUGAGUUCCAGGCUGUGUGCAGCAGUGGGAUUGGCAUCACCGCUGACGGCAGAGACAUCAACGAGUGUGCCUUGGACCCUGACAUCUGUCAGAACGGCAUGUGUGAGAACCUGAGAGGGAGCUACCGCUGCAUCUGUAACAUCGGCUACGAGUCCGACUCCAGUGGCAAGAACUGCGUGGACAUCAAUGAGUGCCUAGUGAACCGUCUGCUGUGUGACAACGGCCUGUGUAGAAACACCCCCGGCAGCUACACCUGCUCCUGUCCCAAAGGCUUCGUCUUCAAACCUGACUCUGAGACCUGCGAAGAUAUCAACGAGUGUGAGUCCAGCCCGUGUGUCAACGGAGUCUGCCGCAACAUCGCCGGGUCCUUCAACUGCGAGUGUUCCCACGGCAGCAAGCUGGACUCCACCAACACCAUCUGCGUGGACAGCAUGAAGGGAACGUGCUGGCUCAACAUCCAAGAUGGCCGCUGUGAGGUCAACAUCAACGGUGCCACGCUCAAGUCCGAGUGCUGCUCUACACUGGGAGCUGCCUGGGGCAGUCCCUGUGAACGCUGCGAGAUCGACACUGCCUGCUCUAGAGGGUUCGCGCGUAUGAAAGGAGUCAACUGUGAAGACAUCAAUGAGUGUGAGGUGUUCCCGGGGGUGUGUACCAACGGGCGCUGUGUCAACACCCAGGGCUCCUUCCGCUGUGAGUGUGGUGAGGGGCUCACUCUGGAUGGGAGUGGACGCACAUGCGUGGACGUGCGCAGCGAGCAGUGCUACAUGAAGUGGCACGAGGAUGAGUGUGGCGAGCCGCUGCCCGGGCGCUACCGCGUGGACAUGUGCUGCUGCUCCGUGGGCGCGGCCUGGGGCAUCGACUGUGAGGAGUGUCCCAAGGCGGGAACCCCGGAGUACAAGGCCAUCUGCCCCAGAGGACCAGGCUUUGCCAACCGAGGAGACAUCCUGACUGGCAGACCCUUCUACAAAGAUGUAAAUGAGUGUAAAGUGUUCAACGGCCUGUGUUCCCACGGAACCUGUCGCAACACCAUCGGCAGCUUCAAGUGUCGCUGCAGCAGUGGCUUUGCCCUCAACAUGGAGGAGAGGAACUGCACAGAUAUUGAUGAAUGUCAUAUCUCUCCGGACCUGUGUGGCCACGGCACCUGCGUGAACACCCCUGGCAGCUUUGAGUGUGAAUGCUUCGAGGGCUAUGAAAGUGGCUUUAUGAUGAUGAAGAACUGCAUGGAUUUUGAUGAGUGUGAGCGGAACCCUCUGCUGUGUAGAGGAGGCACCUGUCUGAACACAGAGGGGAGUUAUGAGUGUGAAUGUCCCCCCGGACACCAGCUUAGUCCCGAUGGUUCUGCCUGCGAAGAUGUGAACGAGUGCCAGCUGAGUGACAACCUGUGUAAGAACGGCCACUGUGUCAACAUGGUGGGGAACUACCAGUGCUCCUGUGACACUGGUUACCAGGUUACACCAGACAGACAGGGCUGUGUGGAUAUUGAUGAGUGUACCAUUAUGAAUGGAGGCUGUGACACACACUGUACCAACUCAGAGGGCAGCUACGAGUGCAGCUGUAGUGAGGGAUACGCUCUCAUGCCUGACCUCAGGACCUGCGCUGAUAUAGAUGAGUGUGAGGACAGCCCUGAUAUCUGUGAUGGAGGCCAGUGCACCAACGUGCCUGGAGAGUACCGCUGUCUCUGCUACGACGGAUUCAUGGCCUCCAUGGACAUGAGGACCUGCAUCGAUGUGAAUGAGUGUGAGCUGAACCCUAACAUCUGUCUGCAUGGGGACUGUGAGAACACCAAGGGAUCAUUCAUCUGCCACUGCCAGCUGGGGUACUUUGUUAAGAAGGGCUCCACCGGCUGCACAGAUAUUGAUGAGUGUGAGAUUGGGGCUCACAACUGUGACAUGCAUGCUGCCUGUCUCAACGUUCCCGGGAGCUUCAAGUGUCGAUGUCGUGAUGGCUGGGUGGGAGACGGCAUCAAGUGUGUAGACGUGGAUGAGUGUUCCACUGAGGAGCACAACUGCAAUCUCAAUGCAGACUGUGUCAACACCCCCGGCUCCUACCGCUGUGCCUGCAAGGAGGGCUUCAACGGGGAUGGCUUCUCCUGUUCUGAUAUGGAUGAGUGUGCUGACAACGUGAACCUGUGUGAGAAUGGCCAGUGUCUGAACGCUCCGGGGGGCUACCGCUGUGAAUGUGAGAUGGGCUUCACCCCCACCGAGGACAGCAAGGCCUGCCAGGAUAUUGACGAAUGUAACUUCCAGAACAUCUGUGUGUUUGGAACGUGUCAGAAUCUACCGGGGAUGUUCCGGUGUGUGUGUGACGACGGGUACGAGCUGGACCGCAGCGGAGGAAACUGCACUGACAUUAACGAGUGUGCGGACCCUGUGAACUGCAUCAAUGGCUUGUGUGUGAACACACCCGGAAGCUACCUGUGUAACUGCCCUCCGGACUUCGAGCUCAACCCUACUGGAGUGGGCUGUGUGGACACGCGAGUGGGCAACUGUUUCCUGGAUACGUUGGCUCGCGGCGACGGGGGCAUCUCCUGCAGUGCUGAGAUCGGCGUGGGCGUCACCCGCGCCUCCUGCUGCUGCUCCCUGGGGGGAGCCUGGGGAAACCCCUGUGAACUCUGCCCCCCAAUCAACUCCACCGAGUACAAGACACUGUGUCCUGGAGGAGAGGGCUUCAGACCCAACCCCAUCACUGUCAUCCUGGAAGACAUUGAUGAGUGUCAGGAGCUGCCAGGCCUGUGCCAGGGUGGUAACUGUGUCAACACCUUCGGCAGCUUCCAGUGCGAGUGCCCUGCAGGCUACUACCUCAACGAGGAGACACGCAUCUGCGAGGAUAUUGAUGAGUGCACAGCCCACAUUGGAAUCUGUGGCCCUGGUACCUGCUACAACACCUUGGGGAACUAUACCUGCGUGUGUCCUCCUGAGUACAUGCAGGUCAACGGAGGAAACAACUGCAUGGAUAUGAGGAAGAGUGUGUGUUACCGCAACUUUAACGACACGUGUGAGAACGAGCUGUCGUUCAACAUGACCAAGAAGAUGUGCUGCUGUGCCUACAACGUUGGCAAGGCCUGGAACAAGCCCUGUGAAGCCUGCCCUACCCCUGCCACCUCGGAGUACCAGUUACUGUGUGGGAACCAGGCUCCUGGGUUCAUCAUAGAUAUCCACACAGGCAAGCCCAUCGAUAUUGAUGAGUGUCGAGAGAUCCCGGGGAUAUGUGCCAACGGAGUGUGUAUAAACCAGAUAGGAAGCUUCCGCUGUGAAUGUCCCAUGGGUUUCAGCUAUAACAAUAUACUGCUCAUCUGUGAAGAUAUUGACGAGUGUAACAGUGGAGACAACCUGUGCCAACGCAACGCCAACUGUAUCAACAUCCCAGGGAGCUACCGCUGCGAGUGCUCGCCAGGCUUCAAGCUGUCCCCCAGCGGGGCCUGCGUGGACCGUAACGAGUGCCAGGAGAUCCCUAACGUGUGUAGCCACGGAGAGUGUAUCGACACCCAGGGCAGCUUCCGCUGUCUCUGCCACAACGGAUUCAAGGCUACCGCCGACCAGACCAUGUGCAUGGAUAUCGAUGAGUGUGACAGACAGCCGUGUGGGAACGGAACCUGUAAGAACACAGUGGGCUCCUACAACUGUCUCUGCUUCUCAGGCUUCGAGCUCACACACAACAAUGACUGCAUGGACAUUGAUGAGUGCAGUGCGUUGGUGGGUCAGGUGUGUAGGAAUGGCCAGUGUAUCAACGGCCUGGGCUCCUUCCAGUGUCUCUGUCAGGAAGGCUACGAACUCACCCUAGACGGAAAGAACUGUGUUGAUAUCAAUGAAUGCGUGAGUCUUCCUGGGACCUGCUCUCCUGGAAUCUGUCAGAACCUGGAUGGAUCCUUCCGCUGUAUCUGCCCAGCUGGAUACGAGGUCCAGAACGAUCAGUGUAUAGAUAUCAACGAGUGUGAGGUGGAGCCCAAUAUCUGCCAGUUUGGCACGUGCACCAACACCCCAGGAAGCUUCCAGUGUAUCUGCCAGAAUGGCUUCGUUCUGUCUGACAAUGGACGCCGCUGCUUUGAUACUAGAGAGAGCUUCUGCUUCACCCGCUUUGAGUCUGGCAAGUGUUCUGUACCUAAAGCCUUCAACACCACCAAGGCCAAGUGCUGCUGCAGCAAGAUGCCAGGCGAGGGCUGGGGAGACCCCUGCGAGCUGUGCCCACGCGAGAGCGAGGCAGCCUUUGACAGCCUGUGUCCCUACGGCCAUGGAGCCUUGCCCGGACGAGGGGACGCCCGUGAGGAUAUGAAUGAGUGUCUGGACAACCCAGGCGUCUGUCAGAACGGUGUCUGUAUCAACACGGAUGGAUCGUUCCGCUGCGAGUGUCCCUUCGGGUACAACCUGGACUACACCGGGAUCAACUGUGUUGACACUGAUGAGUGCUCUAUAGGGAACCCCUGUGGUAACGGGACCUGUACUAACGUGUUGGGAGGCUUCGAGUGCUCCUGUCAUGAAGGCUUCGAACCCGGACCUAUGAUGACCUGUGAAGAUAUCAACGAGUGUUCUCUGAACCCCCUGCUGUGUGCCUUCCGCUGUGUCAAUACUUUUGGUUCGUACGAGUGCAUGUGUCCCUCGGGCUACGUGCUGCGAGAUGACCACCGCAUGUGCAGAGACCAGGAUGAGUGUUCAGAGGGGCUGGAUGACUGUGAGUCCAAGGACAUGUCCUGUAAGAACCUGAUUGGCACCUUUAUGUGUAUCUGCCCCCCUGGCCUGCAGCGCAGACCUGACGGAGAGGGCUGCAUGGACCUGAAUGAGUGUCGUGCAAAGCCUGGCAUCUGUAAGAACGGGCGCUGUGAGAACACAGUGGGAAGCUACCGCUGUGUGUGCAACGAGGGCUUCCAGCCCAGCUCCACCGGAACGGACUGUAUCGAUAACCGACAGGGCUUCUGUUUCACCGAGGUGCUCCAGACUAUGUGCCAACAGGGCUCCACCAAUAGGAACAGUGUCACCAAAUCUGAGUGCUGCUGCAACCUCGGACGUGGCUGGGGACCCCAGUGUGAGCUCUGCCCUCUGCCUGGCACCGUGCAGUACAAGAGGAUGUGCCCGCUGGGACCCGGGUACACCACCGACGGCAGAGACAUCAAUGAGUGCACGGUGAUGCCAGACCUGUGUAAGAACGGCCAGUGCAUCAACACCAUCGGAUCGUUCCGCUGCCACUGCAACGUGGGUUAUACCACCGACUUCACCGGCACCUCCUGCAUUGAUAUGGAUGAGUGUUCCGCAUCUCCCAGGCCCUGUAACUUCCUGUGUAAGAACACAGAGGGCAGCUACCUGUGCUCCUGCCCCAGAGGAUACACUCUGCAGCCUGACGGAAAGACCUGCAAAGAUCUGGAUGAGUGUUCCACCAAGCAGCACAACUGUCAGUUCCUGUGUGUCAACACCAUCGGAGGGUUUACAUGCAAGUGUCCUGCAGGUUUCACCCAGCACCAGACCGCCUGCAUUGACAACAAUGAGUGUAAUGGGCAGAACAGUGUGUGUGGCUCCAGAGCCUCCUGUGUCAACACUCCCGGCAGCUUCAACUGUGACUGUGGGAAAGGCUUUUCUCUGGACACCACUGGCCUGGAGUGUGAAGAUGUGGAUGAGUGUGGUAGUAACCAUCGCUGUCAGCAUGGCUGUCAGAACAUGAUGGGAGGUUUCCGCUGUGGCUGUCCUCAGGGCUAUGUGCAACACUACCAGUGGAACCAGUGUGUGGAUGAGAACGAGUGUUCAGGUGUGUCUGUGUGUGGCUCGGCCUCCUGCUACAACACCCUGGGCAGCUUUAAGUGUGUGUGUCCAUCCGGUUUUGACUUUGAGCUGGGAGGGGGUGGGUGCCAGGAUGUCAAUGAGUGUUCCAUGGGCAGUAACCCCUGCAGCUUCGGCUGCUCCAACACAGACGGAGGAUACCUGUGUGGCUGUCCUGGAGGUUACUACAGGGCUGGACAGGGUCAUUGUAUUUCAGGUCAGGGCUUCCAGGACCAGUUUAGCUCAGAGGGAGAUGAUGAGGACAGUCUGUCUCCAGAGGCCUGCUACGAAUGUAAGAUCAACGGAGACGUCGGCAAGAAGGGCCGACACAGACGUCACUCUGAUGGAGACAACGACCUCAAGGAGGUGAGCAUGGCCAGCCUAGACACCCAGGAGUCCAUCCCCAUGAACCUGAGCCUGGCCUCGCUGCACAACAAGGAGCCCCUGCUGGAGCUGCUGCCGGCCCUGGAGCCGCUGGAGCACCAUGUGCGCUACAUCAUCACCCACGGCAACCAGGACGAGCACUUCCGCCUGCUGGAACGCCACAAUGGGAAGAGCGUGCUGAGGUUGGGCAAGAAGCCACCUCCCCCUGGCUCCUACCGCCUGGAGAUCGCUAGUCUGCCCCUGUUUGGGCCGCGGCGCCUCCGACAGCUGGAGGAGGAACACGACAGCGACUACCUGCUGGGAGAGAUAGGAGACGCCCUGCGCAUCAAGCUGCACAUCCACCUGAACUGAGCUGCAAGCACUCCAACUCUCCCCAACCUCCUUCCUUCCCGCCCCUGGACUAAUCUUAUCAUGACCCCUCUGAUCUUUGACCUUUACCCCAGGACCAUCCAAUAAAUUGGGGUAGGGUGCUUUGAAAGACUCAGUCAACCAGCCCAACCACCACUUUUUAAUUGUCAAGUAUUUUAUUUUGUUUCCCUGACGACCCACACCCCUCCUUGCCCUCCUUACUGUAUCUACCCACCCUAGACCCACCCCUCCUAUAGAUGUAAUAUCUUAAUUUGAGCCAGUUUGCUACAGCAGGAAAAUAAUUAUACAGCAACAGGAAAUGUGAAUUAUUACGUGGAUUAUAAUUAAUGGGCAUUUUUGUAGGGGUUGAUCAUUUUUUUGUUAGGGCAAAUCAAGUCUGAAAUUUCUAAUUGGAAAUGUAUAUACUACAAUCAAAUAUACUACAAGUUUGCAUUUCCUGCUGUGCAGGAACAUUUCCAGCAACAAAGGAGUGAUCAAAUUAAGAUCCUACAUCUGUAUUCUACUUGGAGAACGAGUGGAGGAGAUUACAGAAAGGUGUGCAGUGCUUGGACCACAAAACCCUGCCAUUUUAGAUUUUACACACAAAAUGGCUGAUGAGAAUCGAUUCAUGCCUUCGAAUCCAUGAACCUCUGGGAUGAAGUAGAAAUGGAAGAAGAUGCACAAAAAAGCUGAAAAUUGUUGAAAUGCUAAAUAAUGUGCUAUAAAGUGGGGGGGUAUUUUACUGUUGAGUUGAGCGUGUGGAGGACAAUCUUAUUAUGAUGAUGUGGAAAGGUAAGAACCACUGAUUUGAUAAAAGAGUUCUAAGGGUGUGUGUUGGUGAAUGGUGGUCCAAGCAGUCCCUCGCCUGUCUGUAAUCUCUGUGAAAUCACAACACUGGGGAUAGAGGUCAUGCUUCGCCCUACUCGGUAUUCUGUGUCAUUUCAUGUAUUGUACUGUCAAAAAACUUCACACGAAGGACUGCAACAUUUACACAUGUCAGGUUUAACAGUAAUGGAGAGUUGGUCAUCAUGCAUAGUAUACAACUCUAGGAGUAAAUCACCAUCGGUAAGCAGGGACCCUCUGGUGUGAUGGCAUGUGCUGCCGGCCCGCGUUCUGUUACCUCAAUGCGUUUCACUCAUGUCCUCCACUCACCAUACAACGCUGUUGUAAUGCUGCCUCUGGCCAGGAGAGGGCCACACUGUCCCUCAGCAUGAACCAUGUCCAGUGUCUCAGAGACAGAAGAGGAGGUAGAGGCCGCCCCUAAUCACUGGUCCAGGAUCAGAUAUUGUUUUAUCUCCCUAAUGGAAGGUGGGAAUCGCGGGUAGGGUACUCUGAUCCUAGUUCAGUGGUUAGGGGUGAUUACUACCUCAAGCCCUCUCUCCAAAAGACUGCCAGGACAUUGUACUAGUGGUGCUGCAGUUUUAUAUCAUGCACUGAAACUGCUCUUUGAAUUUAAUCAGGGAGAUUUUGCUUAGAAACGCAGCAAACAUCCUGAGGGAUUCGGCUUUAGUCAGAACUUUAUUUUGAAGCUUUUCUGAGAGUUGACAUUCUGACUGGUAGUGGGAACUUAUUGGAUGGCUUGAACCAACUGCAGCCCAUAUAGAAACAUAGCUGGAGACGAAACAUAUUGUAACAACCUCAAUGGUACAUAACAACGUUACCACAACAGACAGGUAACGUUUGGGAUUUUUACAGAACACACAUAAAUGCGGGCACAAACACACAGGUGAACACCAAAACUCACUGAAAACAAGCAUCCAUCAGCUCACAAUUAUUUUUUUAUCAGAGAAAAAGGUGCUAAAUAAUUCCGUCUCUUACAUGAUGUACAAAAAAAAAAUCGGUCUUGAAUCUUGAUUGCAAAAACUGUCAUUCUUACUAGGUUUUAUGUUUCAUGUUUGUCUGUCUUUUGUAAUGUCUCAAUGCUGAAAACCAAUAUUAUCGAACUUGCUUCUUGAAAAUGUAAUUGUAUAUUUUUAAGUGAAAUGUAGAUGUUUUUUAUGUUGUUUUUAAAAGCGUCAAGGCUGCCCAAGAUUGAAUGCCUUAAAGUGCUGGUGGCUUUGUUUGCACAGAAAAGAAAAGAUCAAAUCAAAUCCUAGUGGCAUCUAUUUUGUGAUCAUGCAGUAGAUUAGAACACUGUACCUAUCAUCGUCCUUCUCAGCUCAUACUGUAGUCUCUGAGCUCAUAAUGCUGUCGGUUAGUGGGUGCGGAUUACCAGUAGCCUGAUCCCAGAUCAGUUUGUGCAACAACCAUAGCACAAACAGAUCUGGGACAUGUUUGGAUUGAGUGUCAGAGACCAAAACACACUACUAUAGUAGCAUUCCCACUCUACAGUUUGUCUCUCUAUCAUGAUGUUGACACUGUAACAAGCCUAUAGGAUCAAUGCAAAAACAUGGCCAUCUAUCGCUCACUCUGGCAGUGAGUGUCCCUAGCCCUGUUUAUACCUGCCGCUAGCAUACAUCCUUAGUUCCGAUCUCGUUCUGAUCUCGUCCCAUUCUUGUUCUGAUCUCUUGCCGAUCUUGUUUGUUUACACUUAUAAGAUCUGAUUAAAAUCAGUUCACAAUGAGUCUUUUGAAUCACCUACACCUGUCUAAAAUGUGGGCACAAUCAGAAUGAGGACAAGAUCAGAACAAAGGACGCAUGUUAGAACCAGGUAUAAAUGUGGCUUCUGUCUCGUAACCUAUUUCUGAUGCUCAAUUAUGAUUUUGCUCUCUGAACAUCCAAGGUUACUGCACUGUUCCCACAGCCUGGGCUAUAUUUAUGCAUAACCAUUUUUCGAACAUGGGAACAUUGUAUACUUUAUCUUUUUUUUGUCUGUCCGUUAUUUUAUUUGCCAAUACAUGUUAAGAAAAUAAUGUGCGUGUGCGUACUGUAUCUCAGCUUCAGUGUCAAACUUGAACUUCACUGGUAUCGCUCAAUCAGUCAGUUCUGAUUUGAAUUUGAGGGAAAAAAGAACUUGAAUGUCAUUUCUUUAGAGGUGCUCAGGAGGGUGUAGAGAACACAGACAGACUCAACACCUGGAGCUCUCUCUGAAACCAGCUGAUGGUUUCCAUGACAAUCAUUGAGCCAUACCAUACCUCUAACUGGGGCAAAACUGAACAUCCCUGACAAACUAGUCUUUUCUCAUUUUCCAAACUCUUAUUUUAUGCUGGAACGAAUCUAACAUUAAUUGGGUGUACACAUGUGCGAUCUGUCAAAUCUGAGUGAUUCUCAUCAUUUUGUAAACUUUUGUCAGUGACAUUUAAUGGCAAUAAAAGUAUUGUGGGUUAUAUUUUUAAA